AUGGCCGGAAGGCACCGAUCCCCCCGCCGGGUCCAUCCCUUCCUCCUGCUCGCCCUGGUCUUUGGUGGCCCAGUCCAGGCCUCCAAGAUCGUGGGUGGGCGCGAGGCUCAGCCCCAUUCUCGGCCUUAUGUGGCAUCCCUGCAGCUGAGCAGGUCCCCUGGGAGUCACUUCUGUGGUGGCACGCUGAUCCACCCGAGAUUCGUGCUGACGGCCGCCCACUGCCUGCAAGACAUCCCCUGGCAGCUGGUGACGGUGGUGCUCGGUGCCCACGACCUGCAAAGCCAGGAGCCUGAGCAGCAGAAAUUCACCAUCACUCAGGUCUUCCAGAACAACUACAACCCCGAGGAGAGUCUCAAUGACGUGCUGCUCGUUCAGCUGAACCGGCCAGCCUCCCUGGGCGAGAAGGUGGCGGUGGCCUCUCUGCCCCAGCAGGACCAGUCGCUGUCCCAGGGCACCCAGUGCCUGGCCAUGGGCUGGGGCCGCCUGGGCACCCACGCGCCCACGCCACGCGUGCUGCAGGAGCUCAACGUCACGGUGGUCACCUUCCUGUGCCGGGAGCACAACGUGUGCACGCUGGUGCCGCGGCGGGCCGCUGGCAUUUGCUUGGGAGACUCGGGCGGCCCCCUGAUCUGCGAUGGCAUUCUUCACGGAGUCGACUCCUUCGUGAUCCGGGAAUGCGCCUCGCUCCAGUUCCCCGACUUCUUCGCCCGGGUGUCCAUGUACGUGGACUGGAUUCGCACGGUGCUGCGGGGCGCAGAGCCCUGAGCUGCCCUUCUGCGCCCCAGAAGUCUACCC